CUAUAUAUAAUAAUUUUAACCCGACGUCAGUAAUUUUUGCGUUUUCAGUGUGGCGAAAAACGAAAUAAAACACGGUUAUUUGACAAAAGUGAAACGUGUUUAUUAUCGACAAUAUAUGUGCCGGUAAUAAAAAAGAAAUGAUAUGGUCCGAUCGGUUUUGCGAAAUAGUUGCGAAUGGCGAAGAGUAGAGUAACGUUUUAACGCAAUCGGCGAACGCCAUGAACAAAAGCAUCGAGAUUUUGUUGGAAGAGCGGACCGAGCUUGGGAUGGAAAACAAAGCCUUCAAAGGUUCGGAAGCCGGCACCGAACUGAACAGCGUCGUAACCAAUGGAGACUUGACCACGAAAGCAACCACCACGUGUACCCCCGAAGUCUGUCGAAGCGCGAGGCAACGGUUCCAACCUCCCGACUUAGCCAACAACAGCCCAUGGCACAAAAAGAAGACGUACUUUUUUGUGGGCACUAUAGUGCUCCUCAUUAUUUGGAUCGCCGUGUAUACGAUCGUGAGCGAACUCAAAUUGGUGUGAUAGCGAUAAUUCGGACAACCGGUAUAAAGUUUCGAGACAACGUCUUGGUGCGUGACAGAGCCACGCCGUGUGGUGCGGGAUAAGGUGACACUUGCGAUUGCAAAAUGGGGUUAUGUUCCUACAGACGUUUUUAUAAUUUUUGUAUUGAAACGCCUUAAAUCUUAGCCGAAAUAUAUACUCAUCCACGUACCGUCAAAAUUUUGUAUUUUCAUCCAAAUGGUGGGUGAACUCCAGUGCCAAAAUGGCUAUGUUUUAUCAACUCGUGUUAUUAUCUGUCUGUUAAAUGUUAUAUUAUAUUUAUUUACACAAAAACGUCAUUUGAUGUACAUGAGAUAGUUCUUUUAUUUUAUAA